AUGUACGACGCCAACACCGGUGAUCUGGUGCGUUAUCUCAAAGGUCAUUUCGAACGUGUCAAUUGUUGUGUGUUUCAUCCUCACGAGGAACUACUGCUGAGCGGUGCAAACGAUAGAAAUAUUCUAGUAUGGGAUCCCUCAAAUCAAGAAAGAACAGAUAAUUAUCCAGACAACAACAACAAUAAUAAUCAAAAUGAUAUGAUAUUAAAUGACAAUAAUAAUAUUAACAAUAACAACAACAAUAAUAAUAAUAAUGAUAAUAAUAAUGAUCGUUCUUCAAUUAACUAUAAUGAUUUCACUUAUAAUGAUACACAACAAGAUAAAAGACAACAAGAAAUAGAAUAUAAUCAAAGAAUGGCUGAAUUAAAUAAUACUAAUAACAAUAGCAAUAACAAUAAUAAUAGCCAUAACAACAAUAAUAAUAACAAUAAUAAUAGCACGAAUCAAAAUCUUACUUUACCAGAUGAAGAUAGGUGGUCAGAUGAUGAGGAUUAA